UAAUAACAAACAAUUCAAACACCAUAGUCUUACCUCUUGCGUCUGCUGCUGUCCGUUCAUACUACGUGCGUUUCAAUAACUCAACAUUAACUAAGUAUUAUAAAAUAUUAGUGUUUUUUCCGCUUUUGAUUUUCCGUCCGCACAGUUUAUCGUGAUUAUCGCUCUCCGAAAAGACCUUUUUAAAAAGAUCAAACUCAAAUAUCGACCUUAUCAAUCCCCGUUGAUAUAAUAUUGUUUAAUACAAAAUGGCUAUGGCAUCAUCUUCACAUAUUGAAGAAGCUGUUGUUGAAGACCAUGAAGAAGAUGAUGGACCAUUACUUAUUUCAAAACUUGAGGGCCAAGGAAUUACAAGUGGAGAUAUUAAAAAGCUUCAAGAAGCUGGAUACCACACAAUAGAGUCUGUUGCUUUUGCGACAAAAAAACAUCUUAUAACUAUUAAAGGCAUAAGUGAAGCAAAAGCUGAUAAAAUAUUGGCUGAAGCUUCAAAAAUGGUUCCACUUGGUUUUACUUCCGCUACAAUAUUUCAUCUUAAGAGAUCUGAAAUCAUUCAAUUAACUACUGGCUCAAAAGAAUUAGAUCGUCUAUUAGGUGGUGGUAUUGAAACUGGUUCAAUCACAGAAAUAUUUGGAGAGUUUAGAACUGGUAAAACACAACUGUGUCACACUUUGGCUGUAACUUGUCAGCUACCUAUUGGUCAAAAUGGAGGAGAAGGAAAAUGUCUUUAUAUUGACACUGAAGGUACAUUCAGACCUGAACGAUUGCUUUCAGUAGCUGAAAGAUAUCAGUUGGUAGGAAGUGACGUACUUGAUAACAUUGCUUGUGCCAGAGCAUAUAAUACAGACCAUCAAACCCAAUUAUUAUUGCAAGCUGGUGCUAUGAUGGCUGAAUCUAGAUAUGCAUUACUGAUUGUGGAUAGUGCCAUGGCUUUAUAUAGAACUGAUUAUUCUGGUAGAGGUGAAUUAUCUGCUAGACAGAAUCAUUUGGCUAGAUUUCUCAGAAUGUUAUUACGUCUUGCAGAUGAGUUUGGUGUUGCUGUAGUCAUAACCAAUCAAGUAGUUGCUCAAGUGGAUGGUGCUUCUAUGUUUGCGGCAGAUCCAAAAAAACCUGUUGGCGGAAAUAUAAUGGCUCACGCGUCUACAACUAGAUUGUACUUGCGUAAAGGCAGAGGUGAAACAAGAAUAUGCAAGAUAUAUGAUUCUCCUUGUUUACCAGAGUCCGAAGCAAUGUUUGCUAUUAAUGCUGAUGGAAUUGGAGACGCUAAAGAGUAACUUAAAUAUAUAUUUUUUUUUUUUUGUUAUAAAAUUUUCAUUCAUAAGAAAUACCACAUUUUAAAGUAUGUUUAGUUAAAACAAUUAUUUUUAUUGUGUAGAUUAAAAAAAAUUAAAAAAAAUUUUUUUUGGACAUUUCCUAAUCUAAAAAUAAUAAAAUUAUAUUACAAUUUUU